AUGGAUGAAGACCAGAGACUCAAAAUUUUCGUAGAAAACGAAAUCAAGGAGCCGGCUGGUAAUGACGUAUCGCUACAAAAUAGGAAUGAAGCAUUCAUGGAUGAAUUACUUGAAGAAGUCGAUGUCGUCUACAUCGAUGGUGACGAUGGAAUGCUCGGAAUAGCGGAAGAAGUCGUAGCGGAUGGAGAAUAUGUGGAAGUUGAUGGUGAAGAGCCAAUCGAUGUGCAGGAGUAUACCGAUCAGUCACAAUCGAGUUACCUCAAUAGUGAGCAAACUGCAUCUCAAACAUCACAAGUUGCAACUGCUGGGCAUGACAGGAGGCUCAUACCAAGAUAUCCUGUUUCCAUUUCAAGAAAUGUCCCUAUCUUGAACAGACGGAGUUUCUCCAAAAAAGUGGAUUGGGUUGUAAACCAACGCAAGAAAUUAAUGGCUUACGACGUGCUCGAUUCCCUGCCGAAAGAGAAACGUAGGACUUUCGUUGAGCUUAUGGAUUUAAUGGAUGACAGAAUCGAUGCCGAGUUGUCAAAGUCGAAUCAAGAAUCUUUUUUGCCAAGAUGUGUGUCCAGCGAUCGAAAGGACAUUGUUGAGAACUCAAUCGAGCAAGACGGAACAAAACAACAAGAUAAUGAGCUAUUUGAAGAUGCGGACAACUUCUUAGGAGGUCGGAUGUUCAGGGAACGCUAUAGGAAUGUCCACGUUCCAGACCAAAGUGAUAAACGAUUCUGUCCGUCAUGCCGAAUGAUGCUGAAACGAGCAAUUUACUACCACCAUGGACGACUUAUAAGGAAGUAUGGCCGUUGUGACAUUUUUACUCCGAAGAGAUUCCCUUGCGGAGAGGCAGGGUGUCAUGAGCGUCUGGGCACAUUAGAGAGGUUAUGUGAUCACAUGUAUCAAAUUCACAGUGCACCAACAAAGAUUAAGCACAAAACUUUCGAGAAUGAAACAGAAUUUCAAGAAUUCUUGGAUGAAUUAGAAUGCGGUGGAAAUUACCGUAUGGCAAGGGGAAACAAAGUUGUGAAAGGAACCAUUGUGCAAUAUUAUAGAUGUAAUAGAAUAUAUUCUUUGCCCAGAAAGCAAACAAUGCGUCUUGUUGAUGGCUUCACAGGUAUCGGUUGUGAUGACGAAUUCUAUGCUUAUCCCAAGGAUCCCUUUCUAAAAGAAACAAGCACCAAGCCAUUUCUUCGCACGGAAGAGGCUUGCACGGCUUUUUUCAGGAAGUGCUACUUGAAUGAUGGUAGAAUCGAGGUUCGAUACUGCGACUAUCACCUUCACAGUGAUGAUCACAUACGUCUUCCUCGUGUUGUUCGUUCACGUAUCUAUGAAAUGAGCACUAAGAGGCUUCCGACAGCUGUUAUAAUUAUGGUCUUGCAAAAAGAACGUCAUCGCUUUUGCUCGGAGGGGUCAGCACUUGAACGACGAAUAAUGUCUCUCACUCCGAGCGAAGUUCACCUGACGGUUUUGUCUUUCAAGCGAAUGCUGGAGAAAUCCACUGAAAAGCCCGAGAGUAUAGCCGAGAACGGAUCUGAAGACCAGCGGACAGUUGAAGAUACUCAGGGACGCGAAGGAGGUGAAAAUUUGAAGGAGAAGAACAAGAGCGUUGCAGACGAUGAUGAUGAAGAGAAUGCAGAAGGUGUGCUUACGGAACUAGAAUUGACUACACUGGAAGAGUAUGAACAAAACCGUGGCGAUGUCGUAUCGCAAGUUCAGAGCAUUCGCCGUGAGCAAAACAAAAAACGGAUUCUCCGUGAGCGUGUAAGGGCUGCUGUGUACAAAAUAGGGCGAACGAUGAGGAAUGUGCGGUUCUCUACAUUCGAUUUUGAUCUUCUUCUGCGUUCACAGGAAAUACUUGAGAAUGUGGUGGAGUUGUGGAAGGAGAGUCCGAGUAAAGAAAAAAACGUUAUUCCAUUGACAGUGAACUGCGAGGAAUUGGUAUCCUCCGACAAUUCCUACCUAUCCAGUGCCGAGAGUGCUCGGAGCGAAGCUGCGGUGCCUAUUUGUACGGAUCGGCAAGAAAUAACUGUGAAUGAGAAGUUAAUCGGUGUCGCUACAGAAAAAAUUGAAGAUUCGCCGUUCGGCAGAAGUAAAACGAGAAAAGUUCAUCCCUCUCCACGAUCACGCAUAAAAACAGAAGAGAAUAAAGAGGAGAUGCACAUGGGUACAGCUUUGCAACCAACAGCCCUUCCAGCAGUCACACGUGUUGGACGAAUUGUGAAGCGUAGGAAGAUGCUAGAUAUGUAG